CUAAGGCUCGAUGCAUUCCGGCGAGGAAUCGAAUACUUUUUUUUUACUCGAUUCCGAAUCGGUUUGCAGGAGUCGGGAUUCAGCGGAAGAAGAAACAACAAAAACAAUAACCACGUGUUUUAGCAGCUCAUUCAAACACAGAGCUAGCUUGCAAAAAAACCCAAACCAAAACAAUAAUUAUAGGUAAUAUUUAGUAAUACCAGUUGUUUAUUAGCCGAGUAUCUGCUAUGGAAGGAGAAAACACGUUUAAACAGUGGAAGAAACAGUGUUUAAACAAGCUGGACUUGAGUAAAAAGGGCAAUAUAGAUGAGGACAUCAACACUCUGGUCUCAUUUCUCAAUAAUUCUGACAAUUAUUUUACCACGAGUUCAUGUUCUGGGAGAAUCAUCCUGAUCGAUGGGGUUUCAGACUGUGUGGAUGUGCAGAAACAGAACUGUUCCUGGUUAUUUGUCACACAUAACACGUGUACCAAAGACGACGUGAUUGCUGGUUUGGAGAAAUCUUCUGGAGACGCCGUGUUUAAGUUUGAACCCUGUGUUCUUCAUGUGCAAUGCAAACGGCUCGAGGACGCACAACUCCUGCACUCUGUGGCUAUAAACUCAGGCUUCAGGAACUCUGGAGUGACCAUGGGAAAGAAAGGCAAAAUCAUUAUGGCUGUACGCAGUACCCACUGUCUCGAAGUUCCUCUCAGCCACAAAGGGAAGGUCCUGGUUUCAGACGAAUAUAUAGCGUUUAUCGUCAGAGUCGCCAAUAAUAAAAUGGACCAAAACCUAAAGAGAAUUGAAAGGUUUUCUGACUGUCUGAGAUCUGCACUGGAGUCAGAGGAGGAGAAAAGGUGCGUAAAGGACGCAGAGUCGGAUGAGAAGGCUGUGUACAGACGGAGGAGAAGAAGAGAGAGAGAGACAGACGGCACAGGAUCGGACUGUAGCGUCAGACCACAGAGUGACAGCGAGCAGAGCAACGAGCUGGACUGCGAGCUGAGGCUGUUCUCUUAGAGCCAUUAAUGAUGCUCUCAUGAGGCUCCACAGACUCCUCAUCCUGAACAGCCUGAUUAUUAUUUAUUAUUAUUAUUAUUAUUGUUUUUAAUGGACAUUUUUUCAUCAGUUUUAUAUGAAAUCACUAUAUGGUUAGUUCACUUUCUGUGUUUUGUGUACAAAUGGAAGAAUCUGAAGUAUACUUACAGUUUAAUUAUAAAAUACAGACUUGUAUAAAUUAUACAUGACACGAUAUUUAUAUAUAACUCCAGAGAAUUAAGCAACAUGAGCUCAAUUCUCAUUGGGUAGAAGGCUUCGAUUUAUUUUUAGGUAAUGGAUAAUCGAAAGCACAGAAAUUUAUGAUCUAAAACUUCCUUUAAGGAGAUGCUUUUUUUCCCCUGGAAAUGAAUUAUUAUUAUUAUUAUUAUUAUUAUUAUUAUUAUUAUUAUUAUCAACAAUUAUUAGUCUUAAAUGUCUGCUUUGCAUUGGUCAGAUUCAGAGUCGGAACACGCCACAUGUUUGUCUUAUUUAUGUAAAGAAGUUGAAAUAAAAAUACAGGAUAAGUGAGA